GCUGUUGCAAAUGAUUUAUAUAAAUGGGCAAUAAGAACAUACAAUGUUUUCAGAGACCAAUAAUAUUCACUGUAAGACCUUAAAAGAAAUGCUGGAGAGACUUUCUUCUUUGACUUCUUUCGUGAACUUCUUUGACGCAGGACUACAGCAGGCAGCAUCUAAGACACUGGACAGCAGACAAUAAUGGUUUGAUCUCUGUAGCUUUCUGCAAACAUGUUUGUUUACAUUAAACAUGGAGAAAAUGACCACUUCAUUGUCAACACCUAUUGUCCAGUUACUUUCUUAAUGCAGCAUAUACGAGCCAAGCUGGGACUGGCUGAGUCAGAGCUCAUAGAUCUGUGUGAUAAACAAGGAGUAAUGACAUGUCUCUUCCUGCCCCAGAAUACACAGAAGUGGGCUCAUGAAUUGCUAAAGCCCAGAGAGUCUUUUAUUGUCUGCAGUAUCAACCGUACGGCUGAUGGUGCAUAUUCCUCUGUCACAUCACUUCUGUCUGGUGUUGAUUCUGCUCUAUUAGAGUCCCUGCAGGGUCAAAUUGACAACCUUGAGCGAACUCGCCUAAAGCAGUUUUGUGUUUUGGAGGCUUCUAGUGGUAAAUUAAAGGAAAGCAGAUUUCAAGCACCAACCAAAACUACUAAAAAACUAAAAGGAAGGCGACGCAAGUAAAUGAAGAAGUCCAGCGCCACACUUGGGACAGCAGGAGCAUCGACAAACCCAGUCUGAGCUUCUGUUAUUCAUGCUCAGUAAUGCUGAGUUCAAUUAUAAAAUGUUCACCUUAAAGUCUG